AUGGAAGAACAAGCAGGCAUCACUCCCACUGAAAUGAGCGAUAACGAGCUGAUAAACCUAAAGGCACCAGCCCGGUUAAUAGGAUUUUUAGUAACUGUUGCGAUGACUCCUUCAGCUCACCGAGCAAUAAGGUGGACUGGAAAAGGAUUGGAGUUUGUUCUUAUAAAUAGAGAAAUUGUCGCGAAAAUGUGGGGGAAACGAAAACACAAUACAAAAGAUAUGGAUUACUUAAAACUGUCGAGAGCGAUUAGGGAAAAAUAUGACAAAAAAGACAAGGAUGGCAAUCUGAUCAAGAAAGGACAAUUGAAGAAAGGAUCGAGAAUUUAUUGCUAUGAGUUCACCGAAGAAGCGUAUUCUGAGCUACAGAAACACACAGGAAUGACAAUAAAAGCCAUAAGAGAUUACGCGUAUCGAAACAGAGAACAGUCAUAUCCGGAUAAUCAAACCCCUUCACCAUGUAGUAGUAGUAGCUAUUCAAAAUAA